AUGCCUUCCACACCGAAAGUAGCAACAGCUUCAGAUGGAGAAGGGGACGCGGACGAAUUUUCUACGUCGUCUUCAGAUCUUAUUGAUCAUGAAACAUUUGACCAACUACUUGAAAUGGAUGACGACGUUGAUCAAAAUUUCUCGAAAUCUAUAGUCGAGCAUUACUUUGAACAAGCAGAGUCAACGUUUAAAGAUAUGGAUAAAGCACUGAAAGAAGAAAAUCUUAUUGAAUUAUCAAAACUAGGUCAUUUCCUGAAAGGAAGCUCAGCCGCUAUCGGUUUAAAGAAGGUUAAAGCAUCAUGUGAAAAGAUGCAACAUUUUGGAAAUAUGAAAGAUGAGGCUGGCACAGAAAGCAUUUCUGAAGAAGAGGCACUAUCAAAAAUUUCGAGUCUGUUGGAAAAAGUCAAAGAUGAAUAUAAGGAGGCAGAAACUUAUCUUAAAAAAUUCUAUUCAGAACGGGAUGGUACAGAUCAGACGGAUGAGAAAGAUAGCCUCGCAGAAAAAGAUUAG